AGAGUUAUUCUGUAAGGCAAAAGUCUCUCCUGUCGAUCAGUUACAGUUAGCAUUGGCAUGCGCAUAGAUCGAUUAAGCGGACACAAGUCGCAUCUUAGGACAGAAGCGGACGACAGGACGACGAACAGUGGCUGGAACGGUGGAGUAGACAGUUGUGACGACUAUCAUCCUUUCAUGCCCGGCGACAGAGCGGGCACGACCAAGAACCAAAAACAGAGCAGCAGCUAAAAGGCAGAGGACGGAGCCAGAAGCCAGUAUGAACGGACGCUUUGGUCUCAGUUUGAGCUUCAGCCUGUCGCUGCUCCUAGUGGCGGCAACCAUGUCGCAGAUGCUGCAGCAGGUCCAGGGACGUCGCAAAUUCUGCGGCGAGGCGCUCAACGAGGCGCUUGACCUGAUUUGCGUCAACGGCUUCUCACGCAGGAUCAAACGCAACAAUUUGGUGCAGGCCCCGAAUCCGAGUGUGGAGCGAUCACAGCGCGGACCAGCCCGUAAGUGGGUCGCACUGCUGCACAAAUUGGACGCCCUACCACCGGGCACGGGCAAAGGCUUGGGUACACCAGGAGGUGGCGGCGGCGGCGGUGGAAACAAUGGACACAACCUGCGGCGUCAUCGUCGUCGUAUUGCCCACGAGUGCUGCCGGGAUGGCUGCACCUACGAGGACAUUGUGGAGUAUUGCGCCUAGGCAGAGCGAAGGACUAUGAUGGGAUGACUGGAUGAUUGACUGGAUGGAGCAUGGAACGGGCACACACACACGCACACGCACACACAAACCCACGCGAUGACAACACAACGACAAAAAAAGGACAACAAACGGGGCAGCGGCUUGGACAAAAAGAAAUUCCCAUGGGAUGCCAACCGGAAUUUCGUUUUUGCUUAUUCAUUUUCCUACACUUAACCCUUAAAUACUUAAAACACAACAAAAUAUAUAAACAUAAACAUAA